UAGCACACCAGCCGGCCAUCUUGGCGUCGUAACAACUUGACGAAAUAUGUGAGUAGAUUCGAGCGGAAUCCUUUGCCAUCCUGCCGUUUUUUAACGUUCUGGUGCUAUUUUAUGCUGGUGAAAACAAAAUUUAUUUUCUCUAUAGAUCUUUUUCUUGUUUUCACUCUUUUCCUCCUUCUUUCAGGGGUCGUAGAAGUCGCUCGCGGUCGCGCUCUCCCGCGGCGCGCAAGGACAAGGACAAGGACAAGGAGAAGAAGCGCACGUCAAGCACCCGUGGCCGAAGUCCCGUAAAGGCAAGUAAAGAAAAGACAAAAACUAAGAAUGAAAGCAAAGCGAGUGCAAAGAAUGGUGCAGAGAAGGGAAAUCGAAAACGUACCCGCUCUUCUAGCAGGUGAGCUCGUUUCUGUCGUUACUGCAUAAAUGUUUGAAUGUUUUUGUUUUUUUCCUUUAUUUCUUUGGGGCUAGGUACUCGCUGAGGUACAGUAUGGACUUCCUACAUUCAGCUAGACUCAGUUUUAGCCACAUAUUAUGUUACUGAUGACCGACAGGAUGGUGAAAAGUAAUAUUUGACUUCUUUUUUUCACGGUGAAGUGUGAAUGCCAGAACAAAAUGUUGCGAGAUACACUGUAGCUGGGAUCAUUUGUUUUCUGGUUAUGAUUUUGAAGUUACGUGCAAAUGAAGGUUUUAGAAAACGUGUAAUAAUAGCUGCUGCAAAACAGUUCAUCGCUUUUUGUGGACUCGAAUAAUCACGUUAACAAGCCUCUUAAGUGACCUUGGUUACUACAGUCACACUGUUACAUACAUGUACGUCUGUCACACUUUCUUCUGCUUGGCCAUUGUACUUCUCAAAAUGCUUUCCGGAUCUUGCAAAGAUCUUGGCCUACAUUUUUUGGCCCUUUUGAACUAACCUCAGACAAAAAAAACUCCAAAAUCCUUUUGAAUUGAAGCCUUUUCUAGAUGUUCAGACUUGUGGGAAGCAUGUUAAAAUAGACAAAGGGGAGAAAAAGAAAACACCCCCCACUGUUUUUCUUCCCCUUGCUACAGCAUUUACUCCAAUUCCUAAGGAAUCUGACUGAAUGCCUGUAAAUAGAGCAGCAUGCAAAGAAAGUCGUUCCUAAUAGCCCAGGGCUAGUGGAUUUUGCUAUUUAGCUAGCUAAUUUUAUUCUAACUCGCCUGAUGGUCAAGUGAAGUUACUGAAUCUUGCUCAUCAAAACUUUUUUUUUUCCGGCUAGUUAAAAUGGCUCUUGGGCUAGUACAUGCUAGCUACAGCUUUCCCGAAGAGCAAGCAUUAAAACUGACUUUAUUUGCACCCUGAAGAGGCUACAAAUUAUUGCCUUUGUGUCCUGGACCAUUCUAACAUGCUCAACUGUAUUUGUUUCAUUAGCUCAGGAUCAAGUUCUGGCAGCUCAAGCAGUAGCCGCAGUUCCAGUUCAGGUUCAAGCAGUAGUGGCAGUAGAAGCAGCAGUUCGGGCAGCAGCAGUGGCUCCAGCCGUAGCAGUAGUGGCUCAAGUAGCAGUAGUAGUGGUAAGAAAUUUCUAAACUUUUUCUUUUGAUGCUUAAAUUUUUUUUCACAAAGCUCAUUGUUGAGGUAAAAGUUGAAGUUACUGGUAAUAGCAACGUGCUUGUUUAGCCUGAUUUUAGGGCACUUUCCAUUUGUCAGAACUGACUAACCAGACCAGAUCAGCUUAUUCCUAAAUGGUAUGCACGACAGUGAUGGGCUUAAGGAAAAAUUACAAGAAAAGACAUACUGGUAUUUCAUUUUCAAUAUGAUCGGUUCCCACUUUUGGAAAGCACUCUAAGAGUCUGCACCCAGACAGAAAUGAACUUCUGGUUAACAGGGUUUAAAAGUGGCAGCCAGGGCAGCCGGCACUUUGACCCACUUUGACUUGGACAACAAAAUUAGAAUUUAAAGAUAUUCAAGAUUUCAUAUCAGACAAAAAAGUUCUAAAAAAAUUUUUGAAACUUUUGGGCGGAUUUGGGGAAAGAGUAGAAAAAGGUUUGGAAAGUUAAAAGUUGACCUGCAGUUUGAAAAUGCAACUGGUAUUCGUGAAAAAAAAAACUAUGUGGUUUAUUGGUUUGUUGAAGUAGAAGCAACAAAAUUAGAAUUUAAAGAUAAAAAAAAAUCCUGGAUUUGCCCCUGAAAAAUAAAUUGGUCCAUGAAAACGCUGUGACAUGAGCGCAAGGGAGUUGCUCGCUCCGGGUUAUGGGCUCCUGCUUUUUUUUUGGGGGGGGGGAUCUCACUCCCUCCACCUAAUUUCUCUCUACCGCAACAACCAAGUGUGCAAACAGCAGACUUGACGACCAAGAUUGCAGAUAUCAUGCAUGGGCCAAUCAUUUCCAGGUUGCUGUUAUUUAUUACAGUCCCCAUUUUUCCUCAAGGAUUUAGCGUGAAAAUGAAAAAAAUUGCAUUACUAUCAGUCUAUGGUAUUUACAAAAUUUGCCUUGUUUUUGGGAAAAAAUUGCACCACUUCAACACCCUGUCUUGUGAAAUGUACUGCCUCCUGGUCUCCUAGUAUCAUCAUAAACUGUGUUUAGCUUUUUUAUUUUUCAUGAUUCAUGAAAAAAGCAAGUAAUAUUUUUCUUGCUUCCCGUGUAAGGCUAGGGUCACGACACAUGACAUGGGUUAAGUCCGUCAGCGAAGCUUCGCCGAAAUCCAGGAUUUUAGUAUGUGCCAUGAUUUGCCUAUUGUUAAAAAAGCCACUGUCCAUUUGCCAAUCAGAUUGAAGGGAAAUUCGAAACGCAUUUCCGGUAAUUCUUUGAGUCCAUUGGGUGCCCAGAACAAGGAUAUUAGCACUGCUUCACAGACUUUACUAACCAAUGUUAGAUUACGUCUGCGAGGCAGGCUACCUAAGACUUCCAAUCCAAUAUUUAAAACUUCUUUUUCCCUUUCAAGUUAAUGUCCAAGAGUGGACAGCAUUUCAGAAAUGGUGUGAGCUGCCUUCUGAGGCAACUUGUAAAGCAAAGAAAGUUCCAGAGCCAUCAUUGAAAUAAUUAUAUUAAUUCUGUUUUUGUCAUAGGUGAUGAAAAGAGCAAGACUCCAAAGGCUAAAAAAGAAGUAAAAGAAAAAGAAACUAAAGAAGUAAAAGAAGUGACUAAAGAACCCAAAGAAAUCAAAGAUAAAGCUCCUCCACCUCCCCCCAAAGCCAAGUCACCUAAAGUUUCCCCUCCCCCAAAGUCGCCCAAAAAAUCUCCGGCCCCCAAAUCACCCACUCCACCACCUCGCACAAGGCCCACGCGGCGAUCAGUGUCCAAGUCUGUAUCCAAAUCUCCAAGUCCCGUGAAGCGUGGACCUCGCGCGCGUUCAUCUUCGUCGUCGGGUUCGUCGCGUUCGCCGAGGAGACGCAAGAGAAGCCCAACCCCUAAACCCACGAAGCUUUACAUCGCUCAUCUGACGCGCAACGUGACUAAAGAUCACGUGUUUGAGAUAUUUAGUGUUUACGGGCACGUCAAAUCGGUAGACUUGCCGAUGGACCGUUUUAAUUUUCUUCCAAGAGGGUUUGCUUAUGUUGAGUACGAUGACGCCGAGGAAGCGGAGGCUGCUCUGAAGCACAUGGACGGGGGACAGAUAGAUGGACAAGAAAUCACAGCACAAACCAUCCUUCCCAUGAGGCCUCGCGACAUUAGACCUGCUCGUCGACCCAGUCCUCCUCCGCGACGCCGGCCACCGCCACCAGCGUGGAGAAGGUCACCUCCGGCACGAUUCCGCGGCUCUUUCCGAGCAGGCGGAAGACGAUCACGCUCACCGUCUCCAAGGAGACGAUCGCGUUCAAAGUCACGAAGCAAAAGUCGGUCCCCUCCGAGACGUCGAAGAUAUAGCCGUUCAAGUUCGAGUUCUUCGCGCUAAAUAUUAGGCAAUCAGAGAACUCCUUUCACCAUCUGAAGGUACAUUUGCGAAACAGAGGAACAAAAUCGAUUCGCUGGGUUGUAGUUUGGAACACUCUCAAAGGCGUCUUUGUAGACUAUUUUUAGAGACGUUAACGUAACCGUUUUAUGGAUAUUUUCAUUUACGUGUCACUCAUCUGAUGCUUCAGCAAACACAUUUUGAAAAUUUCAUUCAGAGGAACACCCGCACAAUGACACGAAAAGUUCCACAUUUGUUAGAAAUAAAUGUGCGCUUGCCUCUGUUGAUAUUUUUACAGUGCAGUAUUCUUUAAGUUUUAUUUCGCUUGAGUCGGCCAAAAUGUAGAUGCAGUUUUCCCUCUUUCUUGUUACAGGCCUCCCAUAAAUACAAGGUUUAUUCCUCUAUUAAGUGAUCGAAAGAGUUCAUUGUUUCAUUUCCCCAUCCAGACAGCAUUACAUUUUUUCUUUACAGCCUAUCCGUUUAGGUUACUAAAAAUGCUUUUGGAACAUUCCGCGUUGUCCGCUCAAGGCCGUUAAAUUUAAAUUUAACCCGGUCUUCUUUUUCUAGUGUUCAAAAGCAUUUUGUUGGAUAAUUUUCUCUUUUAUUUUAAAAGCUUCCAAUAAUCAACUUGUAGACAAAAAGAAUUAAAACUGAAAAGAUUUUUAAGAUUUCAUGUCUGAUUCAAAUCUCGCACUACCCCUGGGUUAUCUUAACCCAGCUUUGAACAACUCGGCCCAGAGCAUAACUGGGCCAAUAUCUCAGAGAUAAUUUGCCCCGAACUGCUAAUAUUUGGCAAGUGGGCGUCUUGGACAUUGUUCUUUUAGAAUAUCUUGACAAAUCCCAUAAUUUCACAAAUUUAAUUUUUAUUACGUCAUCACUUAAGAACUCUCUUGAAAACUUGUCAGAGGUCGUAAGCACUGGGGUCGAGAUUGCUUUAAGUUCAUUUUUGUUUUUUCUAACGUUUAAAAUAAUGCUUGCAGGGGCGGAUCCACACCGGUUUCCACCGUUUACGGAGAUCGGUCAGAUUUUUCAUAAUAAACAUAUUUUUAAUAAUAAUAAUAGGACUUUCAAAGAUGGUCUGGACAAAUGUUUUCUUUUUCCAAUUUCCGGGCAUUAAAGAGAAACCCGGGAAAGGGAACUUUAGGGACUUAAAAUCCCCCAAAAUUCCCGGGGGUGUAUGCCCCCGGGCUCCCCUAGAUGCUUGCUCCCUCGGCCCCUCGUUCAGGAAAUCGGUCAGUAUUUAUCCUAGAUCCGCGCCUGGCUUGGGUGGUAUAUUCGCUCGACAUAAGGCUGUAAUUUCGUCAUUCUCAAGAUAUUUCUCAAUGUUCGUAGUGUGUAAUUGGCAUCAUAAACAAAGUGAGCAAGACAACCGUGAUGCAGCCCCUUUACGUAGUGUGACAUUUUGUUAGAGAGCGCCUCCCCCUACUCUCCUAGUAAGUUUGUUGCCUUUCUUGAAAGCCCUCGGUGGGUAGCUACUGGAAUGCCUUCUGUCUUCCUUCUUCCAUUUAUACGAAAAAUCCAAAAUGGUCAGUAAGCAAUUUAAAAUUAAAAAAGAAAACAAAUAAAACCAUUUGCAUUUGAUCAGAGGUCAUGACAGCAGUGACACAACUGGUCCACCCCCGGGUGGAUGGGUUGAUGUCCACUCUUCUCCGUCCGCGAGCGCGCUAAGGGCGCAAUCCUUUGGCCUUAUUCCGGAAUAAGAAUACAGUAUCUGGAAUAAACUCCAAAAAAUUACGUUUUGGCUUAAAUUGCGAGCUAAAAUCCAUAAAGCUGGUGGAAAUUAGUAAUUAAGAUGAAUGUAGCAUUCCCAAUGAUCGUUGAAAAAUUUGGUCACGUGCAUACUAACUUUAGGCGGGAAGUGGAACCGGUGUGGAGCCUGGGAAAGAAACGGAACGCCUGGUAAAAAUAGUUCAUAGACAUGGCGCUGAAAACGAUCACAGUGUUUUGUGGCUCCAAAUUGGGGAAUGAUCCAAGGUUUGAAGAAGGUGCUAAAGGUACUGACUUGUUUUCUUAGAUAAAAUUAUUUAAGGUGAAUGGCAGAAAAAUUUUCCCUUAAGGAAGGGAUGCCACCUACACUAAUGCACCUAUCAAUGUUAAGCCGGCGUGGGGGAGGCAGCCGGGCAUGGGGUGGGAAUUUGACAUUCUUUCAAAAAUUUGCCGUCAAUUUCCCUGCCCACGGGCAAUCAUUCCAGUCAGUUGCAACCAAAUUUCCCCACCCCGGGCUGCACACUGCUGUCCAUCCCAAGGCUGGACCCAAGAAAGGCACAAUAAAAGUAUCUCCAAAUAGAACUCUGCAAUCUUUAUUUAUAAACGUUGCUGCAUCACCAAAGAUACAUGUUCCUGUUACAGCUUCAGUUAUACGUUUUAACCAUUCAAUCCGCGUUUUAGUACACUGCAUAGAAUACAGAAACCUUUAGGAGAAAGUCCACAUUUUGUAAGUUUGAGUAUACCGUUCUUAGUAAAGGGUACAAAGAAAGUCAGUUUUAUAAGCUUUAUACAGUGAUUGCAGUGAAUGUCAGCCAUACACUGAUCAAUUGUACUUGCAAAAAUCGACUUGGUUUCUCUUUACUUCCGUUUACUUUGAUACCACAGUAUCUUAAAAGGUUCAAUUGAUCAAUACAAUAAAAUCCACUCACCUUUGGCUUGUUCUCGUUGGCUUCCAUGAUUUCCAGAUCUUUCCAGACCAUACGUCGUGUGCGUGAAGCAUGGAAGUGGGGAAACAUAUGUUCGGUCUCUUCGGUCCAAGUCGGCAGUCAAAUCCAUCCCCACGUCAGUCCCAUGCUGGGCGAAGAAAUAUUCAAAUAUCCCCUCCCCUGGGAGAUCAAGAUUGGUCAAAUGCCCUACCCCAGGGGCAACAAAGACAAUCAAAUCCCCACCCCAUGCCAUCUUUCACUUACCAAAUUCGUUGGAAAUUAAACAUACUUUGCUGGCUGGCUUUACUCCAACCAAGCCACACUAUGAGUAAGCAGAAGGUUGGAGCCAGGGACGAAAUUAGAGACUAUCCAUAAUAAUUAUUUCUGGGGGAAGAAAUUUGCUGUAAACACAGAUAAUCUUUGAGAAGAAUAAGAGAAAGUGCAUUGACAAAACAUUUUCUUUAUCAAUACUCGCUUCUUUGUGUUGUAGCUCUUGGUGAGUGUAUGGUAAAAAAUAAGAUAAAUCUGAUAUAUGGUGGAGGAACAGUAGGUCUUAUGGGAGCUAUAGCUAAAACUGUUGCUGAUGGAGGCUGUGAGGUGACUGGAUUUCUUCCCGAGUUCUUUGUUGUUCAAGGUAUGCAAAUCACAAUGAGGUCCGGGACCAAACUUCUAGAUUAAGUCAGAAAAGGUGAACUAAAACACAAAAGAUAAAAUGAUCAUUAAAUCACAUAAUAUAGCCUACAAAAAUGUACAUCAAAUCUCUAUCAGAAAGUAGCUAUCAGCAAGUGGCAGGAAGCUGAGUUCACAGGGUACUUUAAGGCUACUCAAAUAAAAAAAUGUUUCAACCCACUAUAUGAAACUUGUUACCAGCAGACUUUUCUGUGAUUGGUCAUUUCAUCAUUCUCUCGUUAUAUGUCUCUUGAACAGGCUUACAGUUGUCCUAAUCUUUCUCUUUGCUUCAUAAUUUGUCCACAAAUUAUCAACAAUAUUUCGCUAGGAUAUUUGAAACACAGGAUGACAAAUAUUUUUCAUUCUACUGUAAAUAAAACACAACCCUACUCAUUUAUGCUGUAUCUAGCUUGAGGGUCCAACUUUCUCUCACUGGUGGUUUAGUGGUUCUAUGCCCAUUUUGUAGGUUAGUUUGCAGAAGCACCCUCAUUUUUUAGGCUGUUUGCUGUUAAGAAAACAUAGUAACCUGCUAUUUUAAAUCCAGAUCGUGGAAAUUUGGAUAGUGUUGGCAAGACAGUGCUAGUUCAGGACAUGCACACUAGGAAGAGAAACAUGUUAGAAAAGGUAAGUUCCCUAAGUUUUGUUACAAUCUAAACAAAAUACAGAGCAAGUUGAGAAACAGCAAUCAUUCUUUGUGGGUGUGACCUGUACCCCUCUUUUCUGUAGGGGUGUGGUUUCAGGAGAUAUUAAAGAUCAAUACUUGAUAAUUAUUCUAGUCAUUCUUGCCCUUGCAGGUAUUAUACUUUUACAUUGUUCAUUGUCUCCACAAUGUAUGUAAUGCCACUUUUUCUGAUAAUCAUAGGGUUAGGUUGUUGUUUGUACAGAAAGUGGGAUUUUAUUCAAUCUUAUGAAUGGAUUUCAGGCUGAUGCUAUGAUAGCUUUACCAGGAGGGUAUGGUACUUUUGAGGAACUCCUAGAAAUGAUUACAUGGUAAGGACAACAACAGUUUUUGUUGCUUCUUAUCUUUUCUCCUUGUGGCUUUUUUUGCAGAUCUGCUUGAGUCAAAUGUCUGACUUCUUUCCUUUGCUUUUCAGGGUGCAGCUUGGACUUCAUGAUAAACCAAUAGGAGUAUUAAAUAUUGCCAAUUAUUGGGGAAACUUGAUAGACUGGGUUUGUAGAGCGUUCUUGAGAGUGUGUGUGAUUUGAUUGUAAAAUAAUGUCUUAGCGCUAAAUGAGCCUGGGACAGCCUUUGGGUUGUCUCUUACAGGUUCAAGUGUAACAUUUUGUACCUGAGUCUGGUGGGUGUUAGGAGGGGGGGGGGUACUCCCAUAUAUUCUCCUCUGGUAUAGCCAAUUUUUUCCCCUCCUUCAUUAUUCUUGACCAUGCUUGGGUGCAAAACUGUGCUCUCCUUGUUGUUUUAUCACUGAGCCAGCCACAGGAACAGGAUCUGGAAAUAUUCCUGCACCAUUUGUUAUAUUUUUCAAUAAUUAAAUUCAGUGACAUUAAGUGUACAUGGAUAUUUUCAGCUGUCACCAGUCAAUUCACUCCUUCCAAAAGAUGCAAUAUUGGCAGCCCAUUAUACCAGAUGCAUGAGACUACAUAAUUUAGAAAAACAUAAUAUCUGAGUCUGGGUGAUCUUGCACUCCAAUGACUGGGCUCCUGCUGGGAUGCAUAAGAAUUCAUGGUGAGCCGAGCCAUACAGUCAAUCCAUGUCAACCUUCAUACAUUCCCUGCUUUUUUACUAUUGGACACCUCUUUUAUGCAGACACUUAGCUCUGACUCUGUGGUGUCCAUAUUAAGAAGGUUUGACGGUAAAACAGACACCUCUGUAAUGCGGACACCUGGCUCUGUCCCUUUGGUGUCUGAGGUUUGACCAAUUUCGUUAUAGGUUCAUUGGCCAAAUAUGGAACAUAUGUGAAAAGCAUUAAUCAAGCAAAUAAUCCACCCUGAUCAGUCUCCAAAAAAUGUUUACAUGCCCUUGUAUUUCAUUUCAGAUUCAGAAUGCUGUUAAAGAAGGGUUUGUGUACGGUGAAAACCAAGAUAUUCUCAUUGUAGCUGAUGACUGUGAGACCUUAUUAAGAAAGCUGCAGGAACGUGCUGCCAACAAAGAACAGUCAACUCACAAAAUAUUUCCAAACAUGUAACAUUUGCUCUCAAUAAAUUUUUUUACUAUUAGUAUCUCUUGUUACCUUUAAAUCAGUGUAGAAAAUCAUCAUUUGUUUGUUCAUGGUACCAAUGGUAGUAAGAUGUAUGUUUUACUAACUGUAACUCACUAAUCUCGGCAAGUAGAAUAUAUG